AUGGCUUCCAUUACAGAAAAGAUCACGGAUCAUGGAAUUGGACCGGUAGUCUCAAGGACCUGUGGGUUGAGCAACAACAAGACUGUUGCCCUUGAGGGAUAUGGCCAGUUCUCAGGCACCGUCAUCAACAGCACCUUCACCGGCCAUGCACUCCCAGCCCCAGUCGACGCAUGGCUCGGCAUGGAUUUCUCCACGCAGCCCGUGGGAGAGAACCGAUUCCAGCCCGUCACUUGGCCAGCACCCUUCAACGGCACCAAGGCGGCCACUGCGUACGGAAAGUCGUGCAUCCAAGACCCCUCCUUCACCAGCCUCGACAAACAAGACGAGUCCUGUCUCAACUUCAAUGUCUUCCGCACCCAAGGCGUGCCCCUAGACCAGAAACUGCCCGUGUUGGUCUGGAUUUACGGCGGUGCCUUCUACUCUGGAAGCUACCAUAGUUUCGACGGGGCCGCGUUCGCGGCGUCGUCGAAGAUGCCCAUCACGGUGGUGAAUUUCCACUACCGCGUCAACUCGCUCGGAUUUCUGCCCUCGCCCCUUUUCGAAGAGGAGGGGUUGUUGAAUCUGGGUCUUACGGACCAGCAUCUCUUCCUCCAGUUCGUGCAGAAGCAUAUUGAGGCUUUUGGGGGCGAUCCGGACCAAGUGACGAUUGGUGGCCGGUCAGCUGGAGGUCACUCAACAGGAAUCCAUUAUUUCCAUAACUACGCUGAGGAUGCGGGCAAGCCCCUGUUUGCCCGCGCCAUCCACCAAUCCGGGUCCGUCACCGCCAGGGCGUUCCCGAACGCGACAUAUCCGCUGUACCAACGCCAAUUCGCGGAGUACAUGUCGUACCUCGGCUGCAACGGCACAGCCGACAACGCUGCAGCCAUGGCCUGUCUCCGCGCGGCGGAUAUCAACGACAUCCGGAAUAUCAGCACGUCCCUGUACUACAAGUACACCACGGCCAUGACUUGGCCCUUCCAACCCACCCUCGGGGGCCCCCUCCUCGAGAAACCCGGCUCGCAAUCCGGCUACGACGGGACCUUUUUCCACGUUCCCACCAUCACGUCCACCGUGACGGACGAGGGCAAGUACUACCUCCCCGGCACACUCGAAACCAACUCGGACUUCCUCGACUACAUGUCCAACUGCUCCCCCCAACUAAACACGACCGACCUCUCCCUCCUUGACUCCCUGUAUCCCGACCCGGCCACCGACUCCGCCAGCCCCUUUGCCCACUCUCCCAACAGCACGCAGUACAACCGCCUGGUGGCCGCCUGGAGCGACUACGCUUACAUCUGCCCUGGCCAAGAAACCGCGUACCGUGCUUCUACCGCGGGGGUCCCGACGUGGAAACUCCGGUUCAACACAAACAGUUCGUGGCCGGCGUGGCAGGGGAUCCCGCACACGUCGGACACGAAGUACACGUGGGACGAGCCGACGACGCAGUACCCGGAGGUGGGACACGUGUACCACGCGUACCUGGCUAGUUUUGUGGUUUCGGGCGAUCCGAAUACGUACCGGUAUUCUGGGAGUCCCGAGUGGCCUAAUUAUGUGCCCACGUCGUAUGGGCUGGAGGCGGAGGCGCCGUUGCAGUUGGUGGUGCAGCCGGGUAAUGGGACGGUGGUGGAGAGAGAUGCUCUGAGAAGGGAGGCGUGCUUGUAUUGGAGGGAUCCGGAGAGGGCGCCGAGGUUGAAUAAAUAG